CUCAUAGCCCUCACAAUCAAAACAUUAUUGGUGCGCAAUGGGUGAGUCUGCAUCCUCGAAGGGACAUUUUAUGAUCUAACACCUGGCGCACAUUGUCGGGAAGCUCCUCGAACAGCGUUUGUUGCACCAUGCUUCAGCUGAACGACACGGUGGAGCCGGAGAGCCCGGCUGCGGUUAUCCACCCUGCAGAAACCGAGGAGGGGGUGGAGGUUGCCUUCACGCCGCCGGAGGCCGAGCGAAGUCUCGGCCACGCAGCCUCCGUGGCCUGCUGUCCCCCGCUACAAACACUGACGCCUUUUAAUGUACACAACCCCACGAUGCAAGCCAAAGUGAAGGACUACUUCGUGUUCAGGCCAGGUACCAUUGAGCAGGCAGUGAGCGACAUCCGGACUGUGGCACUCCCUUCUGAGGAUGGAGAGGUCCUCAGUGUCUGGCUGCUAGCUGAAAUUGACCACUGGAACAAUGAGAGGGAGAGACUUGUGCUUAUCACAGAUAGGUCCCUGCUGGUAUGCAAGUACGACUUCAUCAACCUGUUGUGUCAACAGGUCAUCAGAAUCUCUCUCAACGCUGUAGACACCAUCUCAGUGGGCGAGUUUGAGUUCCCACCAAAAUCCCUAAACAAGAGAGAGGGCUACGGGAUUCGUGUCCAGUGGGACAAACGUCCUCGGGCCUCGUUCUUUAACCGCUGGAACCCAUGGUCCACAGAUAUGCCCUACGCCACCUUCACAGAGCACCCCAUGGCCCGCGCUGACGAGAAGGUGGCCUCUCUCUGCCAGUUGGACAACUUCCGGACCCAGCUGGUGCAGGCAGUGAAGAAAGCCCAUAAGGAGCAUCCCAUCCCUGGUCGUGCUAACGGUGUCCUGAUCCUAGAGAGACCCCUGCUGAUUGAGACCUAUCUGGGCAUCAUGUCUUUCAUCAACAAUGAGGCCAAGUUGGGCUAUUCCAUGACCCGUGGCAAGAUCGGUUUCUAAAAUGGACAGUGUCUCCAAAUUACAACAGAGUUCAACCCAUGUGUGUGUGUUACACUGCGCCGUCUGAGGGAAGCAGUUGCUCCACAGUGUAAUGCGCAACCAAUCUGUGUGUGUAAGUUGAGCCCAUGAGAUGUCCACAACUCUUUAAGUUGGUGUCACAGACAUGUGGUCAAGCCUUCUGUAGGGAGAUGAUGUGCAGCACUGCAUGGACUGUCUACUCAUUUGUUUUUAGCGCCCCCUGUCCCUUAAGAGCUGCACCCAGAUCUGCCAUACCUGCAUGGGCCCUCAGGAGUGUAUGCCCAUGUGACAUAAGUUGGAUGACAAAAGACAGCAUUUGCAUCAAUAUAUCACCUCUCUGUACUCAUACUAGAUUGAGCAUCUUGCAGUCUCAUGCUCCUUGUUUGACAAGUGACUGUCAAAACUAAUGUGAACUUAAAGUUUCAGUAGAGGAAUGUUAACAUCAGGGUCAGUGUUUUAUGGUCAAAGAUGUGUUUUGUUUGGGCUUUUUUCUGCAGGAGAAAAAGGCCGCCCAGAGGUUGAGAACGUGCAGUGAAAUCGUGUCAUCAGCCAAGAGUAUGUUAUGUGUUCGCUACAUUAAUAAGAUCUGAAAUGAAGGAUUGCUUUAUUCAGACCGCGGGAGCAUAGGGUAGCUUCUCGAAAUGAAAUAGCAGCUGUUGGAUCUAGUUAAUGGUCAUGUCACAUGACUAUUGUAAUAAAUAUUAAUAAAAAGGAAAUUGUUCUAUGAUCUGCACUGCUGUUCUCAGAAGCUCUGGGCUCAACUGUGUGGAAAAUAAGAGCUGGACACUUUUCAGUGUCCAUGAAACUUUUUCAGUGGAAAUGAUCAAUUACAUGUUGUGACCUCUCUCUUGUCGGCCAACGUUGUGCUCUCCAUGCUUCCAUUUGCCUAAAUUAUGUCACUGCUUACAGUAGGGAGCUGCUGUACCACUUGGAGCGCUGUUUUAGCUACUGUAGCUAAAUGUUCUUGUAUGUUACAGAUGUUUUAUGUAACAGGAGCUUGCAUUUAUUUUAGGCAUAUAUUUGCACUCAGCUGCAUUAAACUGCAGUGGGAAUAAUGGAUGGGUUACAAAAUGAAAUACAUCCAGACAAAGCUUUGCAUCAGUUCAUUAACUACAUAUUGUGUGUACAUAGUGAAUUGUAUUAAGGUAUUUUUUUCCUUAACUGCACCCUAUACGACAUCAUUGUGCUACCAAAGGCAACAGGCCAUAUUUUCAUGUGCAACAAUGCCAAUGAACAAUUGUGUCCCAAAAUGCCCUUUUCUGGUCUUAACAUGUGCAUGUACCCUGCACGUUGAGUUUGCAUGACAGAUGUUUUUUAAAGAAGUGUCCUCAUUGGAUUUGUAAAUACUGAUUAGGUUUUAUUUAUCUGCUGUUAUUUCGAUUUGCAGUUAACUCACAAAUACUUCCAGAAAUUAAUAUUUCAUUGCCAGUUCUGAAGUAUUUUAUUUAAUGAUUUUAAAAGAGAUUAUGUUACAAACAUGUGAAAGCUUACUUUUUGUUCUAGAUACUUGUAGCACAGUAGAGCCACAAUGGAGAAUAAUAAAUGCUUUCAUGUUCUAGUCAGGGCCUCAGCUCUGCUUGUCUUUAAGAAGUGCUUUUACAUUGUGUUUGUACUGUCAAGGACUGCAACAAAGUGAACAUGUCACAGUUCAAGCUUUUAUAAAUGAGACAGCAUUCAGAUACAAGAUGCCUUGAGGCCAACUAACACGGUCCUUAUAUAUUUAGCACUGCCUGUUUGUUGUUUAGAUUCUUACUGGCAUUUCAGUUUGGUGAUAGCAGGUUAACAGCUAUUGAAUUCUACCAGUAAUGAUGCAGUAUUUCCAGAUUUAAGAUAACUCCACUCGUACAAUGCUGUACAACGUCAAGUACAAUGCUUUAAAAAUACACGUUGAAAAACC